AUGGAUUCUGGUGUGCCACGCUCUGCCGCCUCGAAACGUACUCAUGCUCUAACGCACUUCUCUCCUUCAGGAUCUUACCCUACCAACAACCCCGCCCAAAUGCCUACUCAACCGGGCACGGAUUCUUCCGACCAGGACAACAAGUCCAAGACGCAGCUGCCGAGUCAGGUUCGGUUUUCGUCGGUAACCGAAGAAAUCGAGCCUUCGGAUCCAUCGGCAUCUGCUCAGCCCGCUGGGAACCAGCCCGCCGACAGUCAAAAACAGCAGAAUGAGGAAUUACGGUCGCUAGCUGCCAGUCUCCAGCGGUCUCAACUGCAAGAAUCGCGACUGGGGAAGUUCUCAUUUGACCCAGUUUCUCUCCCGUCCUCAAGAGUUGCAUCCCGAGAAUCGAGCGAUCGCAGCGCGCGAGAACCCAAUGGAUCCGGUUUGCCGUCUCCCCAUGCCUCUCCACCGGUGUCAACGAUGCAAUCUCCGCCUCUUACCCCCGCAGCCACCCACUCUCGUGAACCCAAAACUAAUGACACUGCUUCGACGUCGAACGCGACAGACCGAGGACUUGCUCCGCACUCUACUGCGAUGACUCCGGAGACUUCCCCGCCUACGAGCGCGUCCGCGAGAAGCAAGGCUCCUCAGAGCGCGCCGACAUCGCGGCCCGGUUCCACCGAACAAUUGUCGAAACAAGGCAAUGUAUCGCAGACGUCAUCCCACCCUUUGAAUGCGUCCAAGCAUCGUGCGCAGUUUUACGUCGGCCCCGAAGGUGGCUCUCAGGAAGAAAGCCCUCCAGUCACCCCGCGAGAUUCUGAAAGUUUCACGCCGCCGGGCGCCAUCACGCCCGUUGGGGAACCGAACGAUCCCUAUGCCCGCAGCAAGCGACCGCCGCAAUCCAAGAAUCUCGGCCAACUUGACCAGCGAUUCAUCUUCGGAGGCCGGGACCUGAGGCGUCGAGGACAGAAUUCGGCAACGUUCCCCCUCCCUCGCCCCGGAACGCCGCGAUCGGCCAGCGCCAGCGACCUGAAGGCCAGUGAGAAGCGCAGUGGCUUCUUUAGCAGCAAGAAGGACGCGCGCCAGCAGGAGCCGGAAGGCAAGCCCCAUGGUCACAUGGCGGAGCUGAAGCGGUUUUUCAAAAUGGGCCACAAACACAAGCGGAACGAUUCUCCCUCCUCGCUUCCCAAGAGAUCGAGUCGCGGCUCCGGAAAGAACACACCGUACCAGAUGGCCCCGGACAACGUGCCCUUUGCCGAUGACCAUGGACUCAACUCUAAAUACGGCAAACUCGGGAAGGUCCUUGGGUCCGGGGCGGGCGGCUCCGUGCGGCUACUUAAACGGAACAGCGACGGCGUGACUUUCGCCGUGAAGCAAUUCAGAGAGCGCCACUCGUGGGAGACAUUGAAGGAAUAUUCGAAAAAGGUGACCGCAGAGUUUUGCAUUGGGUCAACUCUCCACCACGGUAACAUCAUCGAGACGCUCGAUAUUAUACAAGAAGGAAAUCAUUGGUAUGAGGUCAUGGAGUACGCUCCGUUUGACUUGUUUGCCAUUGUCAUGACCGGGAAAAUGGUAAAGGACGAAGUGGCAUGCGCCUUCAAGCAGAUCCUGAGCGGUGUGGCCUAUCUACACGGCAUGGGUCUGGCUCACCGUGACCUGAAACUAGAUAACGUGGUUGUCAACGAACACGGUAUCAUGAAGCUCAUUGAUUUUGGAAGCGCCGUUGUUUUCCGGUAUCCCUUCGAGAACGAUAUUGUUUCUGCAUCCGGUAUUGUUGGUUCCGAUCCAUAUCUCGCCCCCGAAGUAUACGACGAGAAGAAAUAUGACCCUCGCCCCACGGAUAUUUGGUCCCUGGCUAUCAUUUUCUGCUGCAUGACUUUGCGUCGAUUCCCAUGGAAACAACCUCGCGUUAGUGACAAUUCCUACCGGCUCUUUGUCUCCACGCCAACUCCGGGCACUCCGGUUCCGGACGCGGAUCCAAGGCGCCAUCGGAUUUCCCGAUCGACCCCCGAUCUCCCCUCGUCUGCCCGCGAUAACCAACCAUCGCAAACCGCCGAAAACAAAAACUCGGAGAAGAAGCCCGCAGCGCCUGAGCAACAGAAUGGGCAGCAGGAGUCGUCGAAAGAACAGGUCAAAUCCCAAUCAAGCUCUCAUGAAGACAACAACUGUCCUGAAAGCCCGCAGGACGACAAGAGCAUAAAGACCACUUCGAAAGAGAAGAACGGCGCUUCUCAUAAUAAGCCCACGCGCACAACAAGCAAAGAGGCCCCUCCGCUUCCCGCGUCGGCCCAGUCCUCGGGCCAACGCCAGGAAGUUAUCAAGGGUCCUUGGCGGCUUUUACGACUUCUACCGCGUGAGAGCCGGUACAUCAUUGGUCGUAUGCUCAAGGUGAGUGUGAAGGAUCGUGCAAGCCUCGAUGAUGUCUUGACCGAUGAAUGGGUUCGAAACAUCAAGGCAUGCCAGCAAGAAGUAUCCGGCGAAGUGAUCAAAGCUCCCGGUCACACCCACAUUCUCGAACCUCCUUCUUCCAGCGUCCCCGUGGCCAGCAAGGCCAAAUAA